AUGGCAGGAUACCAGCUCUGGUCACCAUGGACCCCACUGGAUGAGAGCUUCCAAUGGCUGCGGCACACAACACCUACACCUUCUUCCAAGCACCCCUUUAGGGCUUCCCCCUGCUUCCCACACACCCCUUCUGACCUUGAAGUGCAGCUGUGCUUUCAAGAGGUCACUCUAGUCCUAGAUAGCCCAUUCCUGGAACCUGGGGUGAGUCCCAAGUUACCCUGCCACACAUCAGAGCUCCGAACCAUAAACAACAAGAAAGGGCUGGUCAGGAAGCCCCAGCCUGUCCGCCUCAGUGGAGUGGAUUCGGUCUUUGGCAGGGUCAUCACGGCUCAGCCUCCAAAGUGGACUGGGACCUUCAGAGUUUCAGACAAGUCAGCCUUUUGCAAAAUCAUCAGCCGGGAGCACCAGUGGCCCACGGGACUUAAGGAACCUCAGAUUCAGAUGACAGUGACCAUGUGCAAACAGAUGCUGCGCUCUAUUCUCUUGCUGUAUGCAACGUACAAGAAGUGUACCUUUGCCUUGCAACACUCCAAGUAAAGGGCCCCCCACCUGAUUCCUGUUCCUCACACCAUUCCCUUUGCUAUGUGCCUGAAGCUUGCAGAAACCUAUCCAUGUAAAGGAAACUGACAUUGCCCCAACCAUCUUGCUUUUCUGUAAAGCAGUGAAAAUUCAGGAGCCUCUUUCCCUCCCUUCCCCUCCAAAAAAGGGCCAGUGACAGAGCAAGGAAGAACAAUUUUCAUUGAAAUGUUGAACAACCAUUUAAAAGAGAGUCAAAUUAGCAUUGACAUGUACAUGUGAUAAAGAACCAUUAAAC